GGGCCUCCCGUCACGUGCCGCGGUAGUGGCGGCAGCGCCUGAGCCGGCGGAAUGGAGGGCGAGAGCACGCUGGGGGUGCUGUCUGGUUUCGUGUUUGGCGCGCUCACCUUCCAGCAUCUCAACACCGACUCGGACACGGAAGGUUUUCUUCUCGGUGAAGUCAAAGGUGAAGCCAAGAAUAGCAUUACUGAUUCACAAAUGGAUAGUGUUAAAGUUGUUUAUACAAUUGACAUUCAGAAAUACAUUCCAUGCUACCGGCUUUUUAGCUUUUAUAAUUCUUUAGGUGAAGUAAACGAACACGCACUGAAGAAAAUUCUUUCAAAUGUCAAAAAGACUGUGGUGGGCUGGUACAAAUUCCGUCGACACUCGGAUCAGGUAAUGACGUUAAGAGAGCAGUUGUUGCACAGAAACUUACAGACGCAUCUUUCAAGCCCAGAGCUUGUUUUUCUGCUGUUAACACCAAGUAUAACAACAGAAAGCUGCUCCACUCACUGCCUGGAACAUGCCUUAUAUAAACCUCAAAAGGGGCUUUUUCAUAGGGUGCCUUUGGUGGUUGCCAACCUGGGAAUGUCUGAUCAACUGGGUUAUAAAACAGAAUCCGCUUCCUGUACAUCCCCUGGCUUUAGCAGAGCCGUGAGAGCACACAGUUCUCAGUUUUUUAACGAAGAUGGAUCACUAAAGGAGGUGCAUAAGAUAAAUGAAAUGUACGCUGCAAUACAAGAAGAAUUAAAGAGUAUAUGCCACAAAGUUGAACAAAGUGAACGGGAAGUAGAGAGAUUAAUGAUGGAUGUAAACCGAUUAAAAGAAGUUAGAAAAGAGCAGCAAGCUCGGAUUAAAGCAGCAGGAGAGAAGAAUGUCCAAAACAACCCCCAGGAGAACAUUCUUCUUUGUCAAGCUUUACGAACCUUUUUUCCAGAGUCUGAGGUUCUUCAUUCUUGUGUUAUUUCUUUGAAAAACAGACAUAUUUCCCAAAGUGGAUGUAGCAUGAAGCACCAUCUUGAUGUGGCUAAGCUGACCCUAAUGGUGGAGUAUAUUCACAGCCCUGACGCUAGUCCACUGCCUGAAGCCCAGCUAACUAAGCGUAAAGAUAUAGACACACAAGACCAGUGGCCUGGGAAGAAACCACGGCUGCAGGAGACAGAAAGCAGUCACCAAAACAAAACGUCCUCAAGCAGCCCAGAUAUAGACACAGAGAUGGGAAGCCCGGAAGAGGACACUGAAUACCCUCGCUCUCCCACGUUUUGAUUCUUGCGAGAUGAUAUUUUUACCUGACUGAGGUUCAGACACUAUUUUACUGUCUGCUACUGGAGUAACACAUGAGUUCAUGUUUUACUGCACUGUAGGGGAAUACGGUAUUUUUACUACUCAACCGUUUGUAAUAAUGAUAAUGUUUUAUAAAGUAUUUUAGAAAUUCCUAUUUAUAUUUCAUACAUUGUAAAUGCUCUGUGAAUGUGUACAUGUUCCACUCAGCUGCAACCUCCCUCGCUUCCCAGCCUCUUCUCACUGUGCCUUCCCUGUAGGAAUUCUCCCUUCCCCUUCAUAUCCCCUGUUCUGUUGCCU